GCGGAGACGGGCCGGGAGGCACAUACGCGCCGGAGCGCGGCACACGCGGACGGCCACGGGCGCCGAGGGAGAGGCAGCGGAGGCGGAGAGGGCUGCCCAGGACGGAGCCUGCCUCGCCAGGCUGGACGGGACCGGCUCCCCCCCUCCCCCCAAGCGCAGCCCGUGCCAAAGGAGGCGCCUCUUUGGAAACUUGCUCGCCCGCCGGAUCGCGCCUUGCGCGCUCAGAUUGUUGUGGCUUCGGUCGACGGAGCGCAGAGCUUGAGGCUCUUUGCAGCAGGGAGAUACAUACAGCUAGGCGAGAGGGAGAAAGCGCUGCUGCUGCUGCUGCUGCUACCUCCGAGGAUGCGCCUGGGAAAAUAGCAAGCAAACAAGCCGAGCUUCUGGCCUCCCCCUCCUCCUCCCUGGACAGAACUUGAGCGGGCUCCGGGGAGCCGCUGCGUCUCCCGGGAAGGCGAGUCGCUCCUGGAGCGGGGCUGCGGGGGGCUUGAGGUCGGCGCCAGUCCUCCACCGGAGACCAGCUGCCGCGCCGCUGCUCUGCCGCUUCCCGGCCAGGUGAGCCACCGGCGGUGAUUCAUUAGGGCAUCAUCCGCUUCAUCCCUUCUCCAACGCCUCCAGCAGGAACACGAAGCGCCAAAUUAUAAACAAAAAGUCCCUGGGCUGAGCUCUUCCGGCAGCCAAGCGAACCAGCCUGCGGAUUCCGGGCGAUUUCAAACACCAGCUUCGGUUCUCUCCCCCGGAGCGCUUCGAUGUGGCAGCCUUAGCCCCGGGGGUCCCCUCCCGCCGAUGCCACCGGACCAUGGUUGCUUCCAGGGCAGGAUCAUGAAGUGUUUGACUUUCUUUCUUCUGCUUCCAGAGACCUUCAAGAAGUCCAAAAAGAGCGUGAGGGCGAGCCGGGGGCCAGCAUGCUAUGAGAUCGUGCCCCUCGCCCUCCAGAAGAAGAUGGCUGCGGAACUUUACCCUGCCAGCGCCAACACCAACCUCGCCAACAGCAACGCCGCCAACGCCGCCGCCAACAGCAAGAAAAACGCCCUGCAGCUCCAGCACAGCGCGCAGCCCCCGCCGCCUCCGCCGCUGCAAAACCUCAACAACAACAACUUGGAGAGUGCCAACUGGCAGUCCUUCCACCCCACCCUGCGAGAGAGGAACGCGCUCAUGUUCAAUAACGAACUGAUGGCAGACGUGCAUUUUAUUGUGGGCCCAGUGGGGGCAGCCAAGAAAGUUCCUGCACACAAGUACGUUUUGGCAGUUGGUAGCUCUGUCUUCUAUGCUAUGUUUUACGGAGAUCUUGCAGAGGUCAAAUCUGAAAUCCAUAUCCCAGAUGUGGAACCUGCAGCCUUUCUAAUCUUACUAAAGUACAUGUACAGUGAUGAAAUCGACCUGGAAGCAGACACAGUGCUUGCUACACUGUAUGCCGCCAAGAAGUACAUUGUCCCAGCACUGGCGAAGGCUUGCGUCAAUUUUCUGGAGACCAGCCUAGAGGCCAAGAACGCUUGCGUUCUGCUAUCUCAGAGCAGACUUUUUGAGGAACCGGAGCUGACGCAGCGCUGCUGGGAAGUUAUCGAUGCUCAAGCUGAGAUGGCACUGAAAUCGGAGGGCUUCUGCGAAAUAGAUCAACAGACGCUCGAGAUCAUCGUCACUCGGGAAGCACUGAACACAAAGGAGGUGGUGGUGUUCGAGGCCGUUUUGAACUGGGCUGAGGCUGAAUGUAAGAGACAAGGCCUGCCGAUCACUCCCAGGAACAAGCGGAAUGUAUUAGGAAAAGCUUUAUACUUGGUUCGGAUUCCAACCAUGACUCUGGAAGAGUUUGCCAACGGAGCAGCUCAGUCCGACAUCCUGACUCUCGAGGAAAGGCACAAUAUUUUCUUGUGGUAUACUGCUGCGAACAAACCCAAGCUAGAGUUUCCACUGACUAAAAGGAAAGGACUUGUACCUCAAAGGUGCCAUCGAUUUCAGUCCUCUGCCUAUCGCAGCAAUCAGUGGAGGUACCGAGGUCGAUGCGACAGCAUCCAGUUUGCUGUAGACAAAAGGAUAUUUAUAGCCGGACUGGGAUUGUACGGGUCCAGUUGUGGGAAAGCUGAAUACAGUGUCAAAAUUGAACUGAAGCGGCUAGGAGCCGUUCUUGCCCAGAACCUGACAAAGUUUACCUCUGACGGAUCUAGUAACACUUUCUCAGUGUGGUUCGAGCAUCCCGUGCAAGUGGAGCAAGACACUUUUUACAACGUCAGUGCCAUUCUGGAUGGGAACGAACUCAGUUAUUUUGGCCAAGAGGGAAUGACUGAAGUACAGUGUGGCAAAGUGACAUUCCAGUUCCAGUGUUCUUCAGACAGCACCAACGGCACAGGAGUGCAAGGGGGACAAAUUCCAGAACUCAUUUUCUAUGCAUGAUGCAUUUCACUUAGAUUGUAUUCCAGCACAGUAAGGGAUACUUAAAUUUCACUGCAGUUUUUUUCUUUAAAAACCCAGAGCAGUAUGGAAUGUUACCCCUACUUACCUAUCUACUUAACAUCAGGCUAUCCAACUAAGUGAAGGAAUGCUCUUGAAUUUAAUCUUAUUUUAUUUAUUCAUAAACUAUUUGACUUAAUUAUUAAACUGCACCGUGCAGGAAUGGGGGAUGUUAAAAUUUUGCACAUAGCGUGCAUUUAUUUUGUAUAUAGAUAAACUAACUUGCAGCUGACUCAA